UGUUACAUCAGCAGGGGGUUUAAACGGAAAACACUACGGGACACCUUUUUUAAAAGAAAAAAACAAUGUCAGGGAACCAAAAUGAUUGAUCUUAAAUCGUGAUUUUAUUUUAUUAACAUUCUGCUGUUUGAGAAAGAGGAGGAAAACAGUUCCUUCGGGUGAUAUCUACGAGUUUUGUUUAUGUCUUAGCAGUCGAACAUGGCUUCCAGUUCAGACAUAUCUGAAGGGCCUUCACUGGGAAUGGCAGUGCCAAGUGGAUCUCAUGGCAAUGCCGUCGUACCAAAGGGAGGCAGCAAACGCUCUGCUCCUUCUGAUUUUGAUGAUGAUGAUGAUGAUGAUGAUGGAGGGAAACUCUUCAGGUGUGAUGAUGAAGGCAACAGUGGCAAUGACAAGGAACGCUUUGCCAGGGAGAACCACAGUGAGAUCGAGCGGCGUCGGCGGACCAAAAUGACCGCCUACAUCUCAGAGCUUUCGGAGAUGGUGCCAACCUGUAACGCGUUGGCACGGAAACCAGACAAGCUCACCAUCCUGCGCAUGGCUGUGACUCACAUGAAGUCUCUGAAGGGCAGCGGCAACACGGGCACUGACGGCACCUACAAACCUUCAUUCCUUACAGAUCAGGAGUUGAAGCACCUAAUUUUGGAAGCAGCAGACGGCUUCCUGUUUGUGGCGUCAUGUGAAAGUGGACGUGUGGUGUAUGUGUCUGACUCCGUCACGCCCGUGUUGAACCAGACUCAGUCUGAUUGGCUGGGUUCAUCUCUGUAUGAUCAGCUCCACCCUGAUGAUAAGGACAAACUGAGAGAGCAACUUUCCACCAGUGAGAGCAACAACACAGGGCGAAUGCUGGAUCUGAAGACAGGAACAGUGAAGAAGGAAGGAAGCCAGUCAUCCGUUAGGAUUAGUAUGGGUGCGCGGCGCUCCUUCAUCUGCAGAAUGAGGUGUGGCGUGAGCCCUGUAGAGCCAGUGUCCAUGAACAGACUCAGCUGUCUGAAGAACAGAAACAGGAGUGGUUUGGGUCCCGCUAAAGAGGGAGAACCUCAGUAUGUGGUGGUGCAUUGUACAGGAUACAUCCGAACCUGGCCUCCUGGAGGUGUUUCUCUUUCUGAAGAAGAUUCUGAGGGUGGACAGGGAAACCGCUACUGUCUGGUUGCCAUCGGAAGGCUGCAGGUAACGUGUUGCCCCCUUGACAACAGCAUCAGCACAAUUAGUGUACCGGUGGAGUUUAUUUCCCGCCACAACUGCCAAGGAAUAUUUAUAUUUGUAGAUCAUCGCAGUUUGGCUACAGUGGGCUACCAGCCUCAGGAACUUCUGGGAAAGAGCUUUCUUGAAUUGUCUCAUCAAGAAGACCAUGGUUUACUAAGAGACAGUCUACAGCAGGUGGUGAAACACAGAGGUCAGGUUCUGUCUGUCAUGUUCCGCUUCCGUGUCAAAUCGAACGAGUGGAUCAUCAUGAGGACGAGCUUGUUUACGUUCCAUAACCCGUACUCGGAGGAGAUUGAGUACAUCAUGUGUACCAACACUAAUGUCAAUAAAGCUCCAAAUCAGGAUGCUCUGUCCCCUCUCUCCUCACCCAGGGGGGCAUUACCCCCCUCUCUGGGGCAGAACAGCCCCGUCUCCAGUCCGGGUCAGAUAAACCAUGCCAGGCAGCUUCAGCAGCAGCAGGCCGAGCUGGAGGGAGGAGGAGGGGAAAUGUACGAGGCCGGACAGGUAGCACUUCCUCAGGUUCCAGUGCAGCCAAUUGGAACAGAUCCCAAUCAUUCCAAGGUUCUGUCCUCCAGUGCUCCCCAUAAUGGACAGCAGGUUUAUCCACCGUCUGCCACAUUCAGUGCCAGCACCCGACCAAAUGAGUCCUACAGAGCCCCUUCCUCUGCUGGUCAGAUGUUGGCCCACAUGUCCCGUCAGAAUGUCCCCUCCAGUCUACCAGUAAAUAGCAGCAGCUCCAUCCAAACACAUGGUGGAAAUACAGCGCCACCUGCAGCCUGGACACAGCCACGCGCCCCCUUCAACACACAGCAGGCAGGGAAGAAUCAGUCACCCCAGUUUACCAUGGGAACAUUCAGCUCUGCCCCUUCAUCCUCUGCAUCUUCGUCUUUUGGCCAGAUGGGUGGAGCUCCUAAUGUUCCCUCCAACACACCCACUUACCCACAGAUAAAUGCUCGCAACCACCAGGCCAGUAACGGAUACGGUGACGUAGGUCAGUCAGGGCCACAGUUCACCUCCAGACCAGCAGAGGCAGCAGCGUGGCAGCAGUGGCCAACUCAACCACACACACAGAACACAGCAGACACACAUCCUCAUCUACAGAGCCAAGCCGAGAUGUUUCCUGAUGUUCUUUCCAUGUUGGAUUCAUCUGCAAACUUCAACAAUGAAGACUUUCCUGAAAUGCCCAUGUUUCCUCCUUUCCCUGAGUGAUGCCAGUCACCCUCUUCUAGCAUCCUGUUCUUUCUCUCUUCUCUACUUUAUCAGUCAUGGAUGUGAGGAUGACCUGAUGAGAGAUUGUAGGAGGAUUUUCUUUGCUUUGGGGUUUAAAGCCGUAGUGUCGAGUUUGGUUCCUCAGGUGAGGAGGCGGCUGUCUUCUAAAAACAUGCACAAGUGCACAUAGUGAGCACAAUCAGUCCAACACACUGAGUUUUGUUUCCCUUACCGGCCCCCAAAAACGCACAAAUGCACACACACAGACACAUAGGUGUGUUUAUCCAGAGAGAGUUCUUGGUGUGUGCUGAUAAUUUUUGUAUCUUUAGUUAUGCACGCACAAAUUGGUUGGUAAACUGGACUUGUGUAAUUCUCAUAGGUAGUUCUGUUACUGUUGCCACAUCAAUGUAUAAACAUCUGUCUGGUAGGACAUAUUAGAAAUAUUUAUAAUAAAUCAUUAAUAAAUAUGAAUAUUAAUAAUACAUGUAGGUGUAGCAACAUACACUAUAUGGACAAAAGUAUUGGGGCACCCCUUCUUAUAUCUGAAUUCAUUUAUUUAGGCCUCAACAAUUGCUAAGAGGUGUAAUAAAUCAGUCAUAUAAAAGAAAUUAUAUGCUUCCAACUUUGCAGCAGUUUAGGGAAGGCCCUUUCCUUUUCUUUUAGCUGUUAAGCAGGGGUAAAAAGAUGCUUUCCUCCAACAGACGCUACAGCUUGUGUCGGUUGAGCAUCCGGCCAGGCCGGUGGUACCACCAUUCCUCAAAGUUAGUUAAGUCCCAGUGGAUGAGUCCUGGUGUAGACUUGGACUGCAACACACGUCAAGGGCCUUGAUCUGCAUUUGCUAUUAGGCAGCUUUGAUCUAUAAGAGUCGGUGUGUUGAAAAAUUUAUUAAGAUUAGACAGCCAUAUUAAAUAUUGUGAUAUAUUGGUUGAGUGAUUAUCAGCACAUACCCAGUAACCUAAAUGUGAUGAAUUUCGGGAUGUUAGUAAUAUUAUUGCACUGCCUUCUUCUACAUAUAACAAUUUAAACUUCUCAGUUGUUUUUAUACCAUGAAGCAAUAAUUGUGAUCAGUGAUAUUUCAUUUAUAAGUUUGUUUUAAUAACAAUUUUAAUUCAUUUUAUCGAUAUCUUGUGUCUUAAUUCAAAACAACGACACAGACAUUCAGGGUUUUUUGUGUGUUUUCAUUCACGUUUUUAAGGUUUUCUAAAGUGGUUCCAAAAUUUUCUACUCCGAUUUUAACUUUAGAGGAAACAUUAUUGCUGUAGAAUAAUUUUCUUAAGUGAGUUAACAGGGUUCAGACGUUUGAAUUUGCAAGUUGGCAAUCAAGAAAAAAGUCAUUACUGAUAUUAAAAUCUCAUUCUGUCCACUAAACUACCUACCUGUCUCAUUUGCAUAUGCACACUAGCCAAACAGCAUUUAAUUAAAUUAAUAUUAAGAACCUUUUAUUAAUUUCUCUUUUGCCAUUUUAAAUUCCAAUUCGAAAAUCUAACUUAAAUUCGAAAAUAAUUGGAAUGUGUGUUUGUAUCUCGUUUUGCGUUUUAUUAGUUAUGUGAACCUGUUGACCUUAUUUGCAUAUGCAAAAUCUACAACUCUGUAGCUGAAUGUAAAAAUCUUCAAGUACACAUUUAGUAUUUUAGAAAUACUAAACCUUGACACUUCACAUCGAUGCUUUUAAACUAUUUGCUUAUGUGUCGCUUGUUUGAAUAUUUUUCUUUUUUUAAUAUUUAGGCUUUUGUAACUGAAUUAAUGUGUAAUGAUUCAGCUGCAUGUUUUGGGGUCUGUUUGGGGUCUAAUUUGCAUAUGUAAAUGAGCUAGGCAGAGAUGAGGCGAGUCGUAGGUGAUUUAUUGGCAAUUUACUUCUGUUUUUAUUGAUUUUUAUUGUAAAUCUUAGUGAAAAAAUUACACACAGACAUGAAAAUAUGAUGUAAAUGAAAAUGUUUCAGAAAUGUUGUUUGGCCUUUUGUAUUAAAUUGUUUUACUGUCAAAAACA